AUGGGAGUGGUUUCUUCCUUUUUCCUCUCUGGGCUACUCUUUGGCCCAAUGUUCUCCGGUACACUAUUGGGGCUGGUCGGAUACUGGCCUACCUGGAUGUUUGCCAUUGCAGUGCUUGUCAUCGACAUGCUUUUGCGAGUAGUCAUGAUCGAGGGUCGACCUGCCGGCAAAAAGAGACCAGUAAGCCUCCAAUCGGAGGAAUCGGAUGAGUGCUACUUGGAGUACGACAUCUACGAACAUACUAACGAACAAACUGCCCUCCUUUCUUCGUCAUCAGGGGAAAGUUCAAAUUUAAAAGACAGCCAAGAGUCACCUGUCUACGAGAAUUUCUUCAAGGUCAUUUUGUCAAAUCCCCGCGCAUUGACUGCGCUACUUUGUCACUUCACAACUAGUAUCGUUUUGGUCAGCUUCGACACUACGUUGCCUCUUCACGUAAACGAUGAGUUUGGCUGGGGUACUGCACAAGUCAGUCUUGUGUUUAUGAUUUUGCAGCUCCCAUCUCUUUUAUUGAGCUCUCUGGUCGGUGCGUUAAAGGAUAGAGUGGGACCGAGACUCCCUGCAGGGGUUGGGUUUUCUUUAACUGCAAUUUUUCUGGUCUUGAUGGGCAUUCCUAGCCGUCGCAGUGGAUAUACUGGGUAUAUUAUCUACAUGGCAGCUACUGGUGGCGUUGGUGUUGCAAGGGCAUUCACUGGUGGUUGUAGUACUAUUGAGAUGACAGACUUAAUGAAAGAACUCGAAGAAGAGCGCCCGGGUCGGUUUGGACCCAAUGGCAAGCUAUCCUCCGGAUACUCCAUGACCAACUUCUGCUGGGCUCUGGGUAAGCUGAUAGGGCCCAUUGUGACAGGCUUCAUGAUAGAAGCAGCGGGAUAUCUGUACAUGAAUAUCGCCCUUGGUAGGUUGCAAAUCUUGGCUCGCAGUCCAUUAAAUUACUCGUUUGCCAGCAUAUACUAA